UCAAAACAAUCAAUGUCAGUUGAAACUUUGCCAUCCUCACUAGAGUAACAUCUUGCUUCCCAUUCACAUGUUUUGUAACUACCAAAAUAUUUACAAGCUUGUUCUUUUUCUGGUUCUCAAAAUAAACGCGACUUUGAGACAAAGCGCUCUUAAUUGAAACAGCGAAAAGUAUUAAUAACUUCUGACUUAGGUGGGUGGGACGAAAUUUGAUCAUAUAGUCAGAUGAAGUAAUGUUCUGCAAAAUUAAUUUAAGAUUUUUUCAAAGUACGAUAUAAGAAAAAUUUGAAAGAAAAUGUAGAUUUUGAGUUACAUGUUGAAAACUAGUGCUAUCGAUCUAAUGUUUUUUUUUUAAAUUAUUUAUUUCAGAACUAUAUCAUAAGGAACGUCAAGAAACACCUCAGCUACCCUGACAUCCAUUCCGUACCUUUUUGUUUGCCGAAUUUCUUCGUAAUUGGAACAUCUCCUGGCGUAAUGCGAUGAAUCUGACGAAGAGCCACGUGUUGUGGGUGGGCGUGUGGGUUUCCGUACAUAUGUGCAUUCCGCAGCACCAGGAAGCCAAAGUUCUUAUCGCGAUGCAAACAGAGCAAACCAGGGGAAAAGAUGCUGCAUGAUUUCGAGCUAUCCGAACACUUUGGGGUUCCAUUUCAACCGAAUAUGAAUAAUAUCUCAACUUGCUCGUUUUCUAACUCCCAUAAUCACCGGAUGGAAAUGUGGAUGCAAAAAUGUGGGACGCUCGCCUGUUAGUUUUGGUUCAGUUGAAAGAGAAAGCAACUCACGAUUAACAUAUUUGCGGUGCUCCGAAAUCCAACAACGCAUUGAGCUAAACUUGUUUGGUGUGGUUUUUCCUGAACCACCAAGUUUGUGUUUCCAAAGUGAUAACGCUAAUAGGGUUGUUUUGUAUGAAGCUUGGAGCAUUUGUCUUUCCUUUGAAUUUGUUGUUUCUAAUUUUCCCAUUUUGUUUUUCGUUUCAGGUUUCUAUUAACUUUCUUAAUCGUUUCAGGCACCCUCAGCACGUUGAAAGAUUUCACACCGAUUCAUCGUUUUUCUAACAUUCAGUUGAAAGCCAACCCAUUAUACGAAGAUUAUUAAUUUUUUAUUUUUCUCAUUUUACUUUCUCAUCAAAAUUUCACACAACAGAACCCCGAUUCGUCCUUUUCGCCUAGAGCUGCUGAGGCUCGUCGAUCAGCAGAGAUAGACCCUAGGAUCCCCACUUUAUCAAAAAAAGGGGGGAAACACGCUACUUCACCACUUUACCAUAAUAUGAGCGACGGUGUUGUGGUAUCGACGAUUGAAUGUCUAGAUAAAGUAUUGGACGCCGAGGAGGAAAGCAACCAUCACGAGACGGAGGUGGGACAGCACGAAGUAGAGCAACAAGAGGAACAAGAGCAGCAGCAGCAGUCGCAGAAAACAUCGAUUGAACUUAAUCUUCUUAGCUUGGAAGGACCUCAAGAAGCGGAAAACCCACAGAAGCAGCAGCAACAACUGGCCACAAUGACGCAGAAUAAGGUGGCGAAGAAGGAGCUCCCGGAGCGUGGCUCCUGGUCCUCGAAGCUCGAUUUCAUCCUUUCGGUCGUGGGGUUGGCCAUCGGUCUAGGGAAUGUGUGGCGUUUUCCGUACCUGUGCUACAAAAACGGCGGCGGCGCUUUCCUUAUCCCUUACUUCCUGACCCUCAUUUUGGCCGGCAUCCCUAUGUUUUUCAUGGAACUGGCGCUGGGCCAGAUGUUGACCAUCGGCGGGCUGGGCGUGUUCAAAAUUGCCCCAAUUUUUAAAGGUAUCGGAUACGCUGCUGCCGUCAUGUCCUGCUGGAUGAACGUGUACUAUAUCGUCAUUCUGGCGUGGGCGAUAUUCUACUUCUUCAUGUCCUUAAGAGCAGAUCUUCCGUGGCGUAGCUGCGACAAUCCCUGGAAUUCAGUCAACUGCGUCAACCCCUAUGAUCGUAAGGAGCUGCUGUGCUGGGAAUCGUUCGGCAUCAAUGGAACGGUUACCAAGAUCUGUUCCCUGAACUCCAACAAUGUGACGAUCAAUGAGUUGACUGACCCCGUUAAGGAGUUCUGGGAGCGACGUGCUCUGAUGAUCUCAAGUGGUAUUGAUGAGGUCGGAACGAUCCGUUGGGAGCUGGCUGGAACCCUGCUGUUGGUGUGGAUCCUGUGCUACUUCUGUAUCUGGAAGGGAGUCAAAUGGACUGGAAAGGUCGUGUACUUCACUGCUCUGUUCCCGUAUGUUCUGUUAACCGUCCUGCUGAUCCGUGGUAUUACCUUGCCGGGAGCUGCCGAGGGUAUCAAGUUCUAUGUGAGCCCUAACCUUUCGAAACUAACAGAGUCUGAGGUGUGGAUCGAUGCCGUCACACAAAUCUUCUUCUCGUACGGUCUUGGCUUGGGAACACUGGUCGCCCUGGGAAGCUACAACAAAUUCAACAACAAUGUCUACAAAGAUGCCCUGAUCGUGUGCACGGUCAACUCCAGUACCAGUAUGUUUGCCGGGUUCGUCAUCUUCUCGGUCGUUGGCUUUAUGGCCCACGAACAGCAACGUCCGGUGGCUGAGGUGGCAGCUUCCGGGCCCGGUUUGGCGUUCUUGGCUUAUCCGUCGGCCGUCCUUCAGCUUCCGGGAGCUCCGCUGUGGUCUUGUCUGUUCUUCUUCAUGUUGCUGCUCAUCGGUCUCGAUUCGCAGUUCUGUACCAUGGAAGGUUUCAUCACUGCCGUCAUCGACGAGUGGCCACAUCUGCUGCGCAAACGUAAGGAACUGUUCAUCGCCGUGGUGUGUAUGAUCAGCUACCUCGUUGGGUUGACUUGCAUAACAGAGGGCGGUAUGUACGUAUUCCAAAUACUGGAUUCCUAUGCGGUGAGUGGUUUCUGUUUGCUGUUCCUGAUGUUCUUCGAGUGUGUUUCGAUCUCGUGGGCUUUCGGAGUGGAUCGUUUCUACGACGGUAUCAAGGACAUGAUCGGCUACUACCCGAUGGCCUGGUGGAAGUUCUGCUGGGUUGUUACGACUCCGGCCAUCUGUGUGGUGAGUAUUUGGGUACAGCCGAGGGUUUCUCUGAAUGAGAGAGAAAGCCCUACGGUCACAGGUAAUUUGUUGUUUGCUAAAUUGACUGCGUUAGGGCAAAGCGAUUUGAGUUAGUUUCAGGCGUCGUGGGAUUAAUAAUGGAAGAAGCAGUUUUCGACAUUUCGGUAAAUGGUACGUAUAAUGGUUCCUAACAUUAUUAGAAUUGACUCAUUUCAGAUGAUAAAACAAGGCUGUGAAUUCUGGAAACGCAUUGACAACAACAAGACUUGGAUAACCUAGAGCGUCUCUUAUUUUAGCACUUAUUGAGUCUCAUAUUUUUACUUAAUGCUUAAGAAAAAGCUUUUUAUUUCUGAUAUCAUAUAUUGAACCUUGUCCAGCCAUUAACGUUUCUAACUUUUACACUAUUGAAAUAAUCUUUUAAAUAAAUUAAAAUCGUUGUAACUA